UAUAAAAGCUGUUAGCUGCUUCUGUAGCCAGCAGCAUUCAAACCUUGCAGGCUUUUGCUCUCUGAGAGCUUGUAAUAAGACACACUCCUUUUACACAAGUUCAUGCUACAACUUAACAAAGAACCUUACAUUGUUGGAGGAACAGUGUAUUCAUUUUCGCACUGUGCAGAGCAAAACAAACCUGGGGAACUCUUUUCCACCCCUCAAAAUGAUAGCAGUUUCUGCAGUCAGCCUUGCGAUCCUUUUGUCCCUCUUCUGUGAAGCAAGUACCGUCGUCUUACUCAAUUCCACUGACUCAUCCCCGCCAACCAAUAAUUUCACUGAUAUUGAAGCAGCCCUGAGCGCGCCACUACAGUCUGCGGGUAUCCCUAAAGCCAGGCGGAAGCGCUACAUCUCGCAGAAUGACAUGAUCGCCAUUCUUGAUUACCAUAAUCAAGUUCGGGGCAAAGUGUUCCCACCAGCAGCAAACAUGGAAUAUAUGGUCUGGGAUGAAAAUCUUGCAAAAUCUGCUGAGGCCUGGGCAGCUACUUGCAUUUGGGACCAUGGACCUUCUUAUUUGUUGAGAUUUUUGGGUCAAAAUUUAUCUGUCCGAACUGGAAGAUAUCGUUCUAUUCUCCAGCUGGUCAAGCCAUGGUAUGACGAAGUAAAAGAUUAUGCUUUUCCGUACCCCCAGGAUUGCAACCCUCGGUGUCCUAUGCGAUGCUUUGGUCCCAUGUGCACUCAUUAUACACAGAUGGUCUGGGCCACUUCUAAUCGAAUAGGAUGUGCAAUUCAUACUUGCCAAAACAUGAAUGUCUGGGGAUCUGUGUGGCGACGUGCAGUGUACUUGGUCUGCAACUAUGCUCCAAAGGGUAACUGGAUUGGAGAAGCACCAUACAAAGUAGGCGUGCCUUGUUCAUCGUGUCCUCCGAGUUAUGGGGGAGCCUGUACCGACAAUCUGUGCUUUCCAGGAGUAACGUCAAACUACUUGUACUGGUUUAAAUAAGCUUGUCUUUUUAUUCCUCUGGGAGAUGCAUUGGCUUUUGAACUCAUAAGCAUAUAUAUGUAUGUAUAUAUAUGCUGAAGUUUGAACAUAUUAUAUAUAUUUUAUUAUAACCCUAUUCUCAUUUUAGUGGUCAAUUGUCUAGGGUGUUAAGUUUUGGAUACAAGCAAAACAUCGAUUUCUAUUUUUCUGACCUUAAAUUUAAAUUAAAUGACUGUAUAUGUAGUGAUGGCAUAGUUGUUGCCUUCGAUUCCAAAACCUAUAUUCAAGGAAAUUAUGUUACUAUGUCCUAAGGAAUGAAAUGUAUGUUCAAGCUGUAAUAUAUGUGUGUUCAUAUGUAUACGUAUGUAUAUAUAUGCACGCACAUAUAAUGUGUGAUGUGACACAUAGACAAUAAUAUGAUGUGAUCGCUAACAAGGAAAAGUGAAAAAUGUAUUUGGGCUUAUGGACCAUUUCUACAACACCCAUGAAAGGAUUGUUUGCAAAUCAGUGGUAUUUGGAGAUUACUUAAUUAAGCAAUCAUAGAAUUUGUUCUGGAGAUACUUAAUUUUAUUUGGGUCUCUAAAGUGUAUGUUGAAUUUAUGGAAGUUUCCAUAACACUCAUUUUGAUCAGUUUCAUUUUUAAAAAUUUUUUGAAUGAGAUAAUCUUUUGAUUAUUUACUCAACAAUUACUUUGACUAAUUCACUUUGCUGGUUAUGUUCUGAUAAUGCAAAAAUAAUUACAUGUGAUUCCUGCCUUCGAGAAGCUAUCAGAGAUGUCCACAAAAGAGCAUAGCCUAGUAAUUUUGCUAUGAAAUAUUUUUAACUAAUCAUAUUUCAUGUAUUUUGAGGAACAAGCAUAUUAACCACUUAAGGGUGGAAUGGAUGAUAAAUGCUGCUGUCUCACAUGUGAAGUGUCUCUUUCCCAGGAAACUCCAACAUUUAAGUGAAAUAUGGAAGGUGUCUUAGUUAUAGUGCUGUGAAUAGACACCAUGACCAAAGAAGCUUAUAAAAAGCAAGUAUUUAACUAGGGGCUUGCUUACAGUUUCAGGGGAUUAGUCCAUGGUCAUCCUGAUGGGAAAUGGAGAUAGGCAGGAAGGAGGUGUAGUACUGGAGCAAUAGGUGAGCAUUUAUAUCCUGACCUGCAGGCAGGAAGCAAGAAGAGUAAGACUGCACCGAGCCAGGGUUUUUAAACAUCAAAGUCAACCCAUAAUGACAAGUUUAUACCCUCUCCAAUAUGGCCAUACCUCUUCAUUCUUCCUAAAAAAAGUCCGAGUAAGAUCCUAUACUCAAAUAUAUUAACCUAUGGGAGUCAUUAUUCAAACCACCAAACUAUGUAAGAAUCGACAACUGCUCAAAGAUUUCUGAAGCAGAAUAGGCCAGACUGAAGACAAGAUUCUCAGAAUACUGAUGAAGUCCAAGAGAAGUAAGAGGCAUGAGUAAUCAUGGGAUUAGCAUGCUGGUACACAAAGACCAGCCAGAAGCUCUAGAAGAGUUGAAUACAUCUUGGGACCCACGAACAAAGGAUGAAGGAUUUUUAGGAAGAAAUGCGUAGUUGAGGGCACAUUCAUCCCCUUGG